AUGUGGACACCUAUACUUCAAAGAUUUAACGCAACAAGUAUAAGUUUACAGUCUAUAGAUAUAGACCUAGACACAGUUGUUACACUGUACGAAUCUUUAGAAAAAUAUGUGGAAGACUUUAGAGAAAGAUUUGAUGUGUACUUAGAACAAGCAAAAACGAUGUGUUCAAAACAAUUAUUUUCCUGGGAUGGCGUGAGACAAAAAAAGAGAAAGAAGUUUUUUGAUCAAACUGAAAGUAACGAUGAAUUAUUGGAAGGAGAACAAAAAAUGAAAUGUGAAGUAUUCUAUGUUAUUAUUGACAGGCUAGUUGUGAAUUUACGUGAAAGAAAACUGUCCUACACUGAUAUAAAUAAUAAUUUUGGAUUUAUAUUAAAAUUAGAUACAUUAGAUACUAACGGAAUACGUGAAAAAGCUAAAAACCUAGUGAAAAUAUAUCCUGAAGAUUUAAACGAGACAUUCAUAGAAGAACUGGUGCAAUUUAAAAAUAUUCUGAAUUUGUUUUCAAAAGAAGAUAAAUCAUCUUUUAUAAGUCUUUUAAAAUGCCUCACAAAUUCUGCCCUUUUGACAACAUUUGCAAAUGUAGAAAUAAUAUUGCGAAUAUUUUGUUGUAUGGCUUCAUCCAAUGCAAGUGGAGAACGGUCAUUUUCUGUAUUAAAAAGAAUAAAACAUGAUCUAAGGUCUUCUUUAGUUGAUGAAAAGAUGUCAUCAUUAUCCAUAUUAAAUAUAGAAAGCGAUAUUUUACAACAGAUUGAUUGGUCGGACAUAAUACAUAAAUUUGCAGUUUUGAAAUCAAGAAAAAAAUUAAUAUAA